AUUUGUCUCCAAACCAAAAAAGAAAAUUUACUUAGUUUUUACUCAUUACUUGAACAGAUAGAAGAUGUAAGAAUCUUGAAGACACAUUUUUUGCAAGAGCAAAAACACUACUACCACUUAGAAAUAUGGGAUUCAAAUAUUUGAUGAUUUUGCUUUUAUUACCAACAAUUUUAUGUAGCAGAAAGGAGCCUUUGAAACUUGACAGGAAAAGUAAAAUUCAAAAAAAUCAUGCAAUUUUGAGCAUUCAUAGUGAAGAUGGAGAUAUCAUUGAUUGCAUAGAUAUCUACAAGCAGCCAGCUUUUGAUCAUCCUGCUUUAAAGGAUCACAAAAUCCAAAUGAGCCCGAGCCAAAGCCACGAGGAUGUGGCAGUGCAGAGUGAGACGGGCAGAGGCUCUCGUGUAUCCAUGACAUCACAAUUAUGGCACAAAAACGGGAGCUGCCCGAAGGGAACAGUCCCCAUCAGGAGAGCAAAGGAUAAGCAUCUUCCCAACUAUGGGAGGAAAAAGGCCAUGUUUUCCCACCACAAUGGCAGCAUUGGGCAGACUUGGCUGCGCCCUAACUACGCUUUGGGAAUACUUCACACGGAAGGAUAUGCCUACAUCGGGGGUAAAGCAGAUAUGCUUGUUCAAUAUCCAAAAGUUGAGCUAGACGAUGAGUACUCGACUUCAAGGGUGGCGCUCAAGACCGGACCUUACUACGACUUUGAGGCCAUGGAGGCGGGCUGGCAGGUGAAUCCUACUGUGUAUGGAGACAGGAAGACAAGGCUGUUUGUUUAUUGGACAAUUGAUGCUGCCAACAAAACAGGCUGCUUUGAUCUAACCUGCCCCGGAUUCGUGCAAACGAGCAGCGAGAUAGCCCUGGGUGCAGUCAUAUAUCCCAUUGCAGAGCCGAACGACCUCCCAUACCAAAUAACCAUCUUCAUCUACAGAGAUCCAUACACGGGCAACUGGUGGAUGCAAUACGGAGAGCAGACCAACAUCGGGUACUGGCCACCGGAGCUGUUUGUGAGGAUAAGGAAUCAAGCAGAGACGGUCCAGUGGGGCGGGGAGGUGCACAGCAAGAGAGUCGGGGUGCAUCCUCACACGGCCACAGCAAUGGGCAGCGGGCAGUGGCCGUUCCCGACGCUCCAUAACUCGGGCCUCAUGACAAGGAUGAGAGUGUUGUUAGGAAAUGUCUUGAAGUUCCCGGAUUGGGCGUACGUGUAUGCUGAUGAGUAUAGAUGCUACGAUGUUGUGUACGUCAGUGAUUAUGUUUAUGAUCCUGAGUUUUACUUUGGAGGCCCUGGUAAAAGCUGGGAAUGCCCUUAAAUAUUUUUUACAUACAUCAUACAUGAAUGAAUAAAAGUAAUUUAUUUAGUACUCUUCA